CACCACGAUAGUCUUGAAAAUGACCGAAAGCGACAGUCUACGACCAAUUUUAGAUCACAUUGUGAUUCUUGUGCCCUAUCAGACGCUCCAGGACCUUCCAAAGCGAUUGGAGAGUGUCCUCACUGUGAUUGAUGGAGGGGCUCACGCAGACGGCCGGACAGUCAACAAACUGAUAGAAUUUUCCGAUGGAGUUUAUAUAGAACUCAUCGCCUUUCAAGAUGGCUUGGAUCUAGAAAAGCGCAAGACGCAUAGAUGGGGAGAGUUGCAGGAGAACACCCUCGUCGACUGGGCGUAUACCCUCCCCAAUGAAAAGGACUUCGGGGUGAUUCAACAACGUGUGAAGGAAGCGAACUCUGAGAUUAUCUACCACGAUCCUGUGCCUGGUGGUCGCAUCAGGCCUGAUGGUGUUGAACUGAAGUGGUCUGUUGCUUCUGCCUACACUACUUCCGGCAAGGCGGUGCAUCCAGGCAAAGCACCAUUCUGGUGUCUCGACCGCACUCCGAGGCAUCUGCGUGUACCUUAUCAGGAGGACGAUGGAUCUGAACCGCCUUACACAAAGCAUCCAUCUGGUGCGGUUGGGGUCUCUGGAGUUUCGAUCUCAGUGCCCAAGGAGGAACGUCAUAUAAUUGCGGGGGUCUAUGACGGCAUUCAUGGAUCUGCUACGGAGGAGGGUACAUGGCCUUUCGUUGUCCACUCGGGUGCUACCAAUGGAAAGCAAGAAAUCAGUUUGGAGAGCAGCCAGGAUCAGGAAAGGCACAUUCAUCUCACACUUCUUGGUGUUAAGAGCAGCCCCGAAAACAUUGAGAUUCUGCCUGGCUUGAGUUUUGGCUUCGAGUCUUGACUGAUUGAUCAAGCAAGCAGAGUAAGGAACUUCUGCAACUAGUGAUACCGGAUCCUUUGGGAUAUAUAGAUACAAGCAUGCAUCUUUCCACAGAACGGCGGGGCUCCCAUAUAAAACAGCAUUCCUCAUCAUCCCCCGCCUUCUACAAUGUAGAGAAUUGUGUGGCUUCGUCAGCAACGGUACUGUGGAUAACCUAUUUCAGAAGCUCAGGAAUUGACUUCCAAGUCUAUGCUAUAAUCAGAUGUCAAUUGAUGGCAAGCUGAUGCCCCACGCCAU